CAAUGUCAUCAAACAUACAACACUCAUCAACAUACAAUAUUCAUCAAACAUACAAUGUCAUUAAACAUACAAUAUUCAUCAAACACACAAUGUCAUCAAACAUACAAUAUUCAUCAAACACACUAUGUCAUCAAACAUACAAUGUCAUCAAACAUACAACACUCAUCAACAUACAAUAUUCAUCAAACAUACAAUGUCAUUAAACACACUAUGUCAUCAAACAUACAAUAUUCAUCAAACAUACAAUAUUCAUCAAACACAAAACAUUCCUCAACCAUACAAUCAACACACCAUGCUCAUCAAAUAACAAGGCAAGAGCGAACAUUCCAAACCCUCGCACCCUCGCCUAACCAGAUCUACCCCGACCAAAGAAAAGAAACGGCUGUUCCUGCAGACACGCGCCGCUCCGCCCAGCGUGCGACUGGAAACCAGCGCCAAAUUCUCUAGCUUCUCACUCCUCUUCCACACAAAACCUCACAAAAUCCCACCCUUGCCAUCCCAGAUCCACACAACGACGCCGGCCCCAAAUCAGACCGGG